UGACGUACAUUGCGUGCGUCGUCAGCACUGCUGUGUUUGUUCACCUUACUAAGAUGGCUGGUUACGACUGAUUUCCAAUGGCUUUUCCAAUGUAAGGAAGCUGUCGUAAGAAUGUGAAAGUAGGGUCUGAAUUAAUAUGAACAUUUAUUUUUGAUUAGUGACAAAUGAAAAGCAGCGUCCACAUGAGCAGGUUUGGCAGAAAGUCAUAAUGUUGAAGUGGUUCUCAAAUGAUGAAUCUGGCCCAAAUCAGGCAGCCCUGGAAUCCCAGGAAGGCUCCAGUAGCCAGUCAAUGGCUGAGGUUUCUGAUCAGUUGGUGCAGACACAACAGCUUGUGGCACAGCUCAAAGAACUCAUCCGGGAAAAAGAUAGCAACUUACAAGCCAAAGAUGAGCAGCUCAAGACAGAAAAGGGCUCAUUUGAGGCCAGACUGUCCAAACUGAAGCUCCAGAACAAAGCAAAGGUUACAUCUCUAAAUGCUCAGCUGGAGGAUCUUAAAAAGCAACUUGCUGUCUCCGGGGGGAAGGUGGAAAUCAAGAAGAGUGGAGGAGAUGGGGAUCAGGAACAUGCCUCUGCAAGUCGAGGGAAGAUCCUCCUCCUGAAGAAGAAGGCAGAGGAACUGGAGCAGCAGCUUUUGCAGAAGGAGGCAGAGCUGACUGUGAAGACUAAGGAGCUGGAGGCUCAGCGGCAGCGGGGCAUGGAAAUGGAUGCCAUGCUUUCAGAAAAGAACAGGAAGUUAGCAGAAAAGGAGGCAUAUAUCAUUGAUCUUCAGAUGACAGUGGGAGGAGAUAUCACUACACAAACUCACCAACCGCAAGUAGUGGAACGAAAGUCUGCAGGGGAGCCUGCUUCUAUGCAGGAACUCCAGCUGUUAGUGCAGCACCUCACCAAGAAGAUUGGGGAGAGUGAGGAGCGGUACAGCCUUCUGCAGGAACAGACAGAGAGCCUUAAAGAGUUACUGGUGAAUGAGAAGGCUCAAUUUGAAAAGAGGGAGAACAUGUACAAAGAGAACAUCCAAACAUUUAAAGAUAUAAUACUUCAGAAAGACUACAAAUUAACAGAAGUAAACCAGAUGCAUGAACAGGAGCUCUUCAGAUUAGCUGCAAAGUCUGAUGCUAGUGCUGAUCUGGAACAGCUCCUGAAGGCCCUGAAACAGAAGCUCCAUGAAAAGGAGGAGGUGUUGCUGGGAAAAACUCAGGUGAUAAAUGUUCUGCAAGGGGAGGUUGAUGCUAAAGACCAGCAGAUAAAGGACCUGGGAGAGAAGAUGCAGUGGCUGCAUGUAGAGAAGGACAACAUGCAGUCAAAGCUGGAUGCCGAAAGACAUGUAAUGCGAGCCCAGCUGCGGGAUCUCAUGCAGAAACAUGAGGAGGAGCUGCAGCGGGUAGCAGAGAAACAUGAACACGAGGUCCUGGAGAAGGAGCAGUCUCUCCACCGGCAGAUGGGAGAAUUCCGGAGUACCCCAGCUGUGCAGCCAGGAGAGCAGCGUUCCAAAGACAUCAACACAGACUCCUUGGUGGACAUGGAAGCGGCAAAGAAGCUGUCAGAGCUGGAAGCUCAACUGAAGGUGAAAGCUGAGGAAGCAAGCAAAUCUGAAGCCAAAUUUCUGAAGAUGAAAGCGUGGUCCAAAUCGCGCAUCAGGCAGCUUGAGGACGACAUAAGGAAAGCACAGUCUGGAUGCCCUGGUCCUGAUAUGAAUACAUUACAGAACCGCAUCACUGAUCUUGAAGAAGAACGGCAAGAACUUCUCUGCAAACUAGACCAGUAUGAUGAACUAAAGACUAAAAACGAUCAACUAAUAGCCAAGCUCGUGGCGUAUGAAGAGCAGCAGAGGAAGAUGCAAGCUGACUUGGAGCAAGUGACUAAGCGAGCUGCCUCGCAGACGAGCGAAUCGGGCAGUGUGGAUGAGCUGCAGAGCCAGGUGUUGGAGUGGCAGGAUAUGGUGUUGGAGGCAGAGGCAGGCCGUGAGCAAGCCCGCGGAGAGAAGGCUGCCCUGGCGAUACGAAUGAGCCACAUCGAGGAGGAGCGUGAAGUGCUGGUCAGUCGGCAGCAGGAGUUGGAGGAGGAGCUGGCGCAGGCUCGAGGGCUUCGGCAGCAGAAGGGCAAGAAGCUGGCUGUGGCUUCCAGCCGCAGCCUACAGGAGGACUUUGAGUUUGAGAAGCAGACUUAUCCAGACCCAAAAAAUGCUUUGGAGAGUACUGCUUCCACAGAGGGAGAGAAUAUGGGAGGCCUGCGAUCGGUGGUGGAGGAGCUGGAACUGGAGAGGAAUCAGCUGCAGGAGCAGAUUGUUGGCUUGGAGGAGCGUUGUCAGGACUUGGAGGACCGGCUACAGAUGCAGGCUCGCAUUGAGUCCUUACAGACAGAGACUGAGCGGCUGCAAGCACAGCUGGCUGGCCUUCGGAGCCAGCAGAGCCGGGAAACCGAGAACCACCAGUUGCUGGUCGCAAGCCUUAAUGAACAGCUCAAAGGUUUAAGUGAAACACACGAGUGCCUUGAAACAUCGCUCAUGGAGAAAGAGCACACAUUAGCCAAAGCAUCAGAGAAACUGGAGUUCAUCGAUAAUCUGACAGAUGCUUUAAAGGAGAAGGAGAACCAGUACAAAGAAGUAACAGAGAAACUCCUGCAAGCAGAGCACAAUCUUUCUGAAGUCACAAAGAAAUGCAGUAGCUAUGAAAAGCAAUGUUCCGACUUGAAAAAGUCAGUUGCAGAUCUUACUCAGAAGACAAGUAUGCUGAAAGAUAAGGCACAGAAACAGGAGACCACUAUUGUUUCACUACAGAAUGAUCUGGAGCAAACAAAUGAUGAACUUGACAAAUUGAACUCCACCCAUUUAGAAGAAAGGGCUCAAUUAAUUCAUGACCUUCAAAGCUGUGAACGAGAGAUAGACAGUCUUAAGGAUAUUUUGGCUGACAAAGACAAGGAGAUCUGUGUCCUCUCUAAUAGCAUGACUGAGUAUUCUGAGCAGAUUUUUGAGCUCAAACGAGAUAUCAAACUCAAAGAAGAGGAUCUUGUACGCAUGGAAACGACCUUGACAAAAACUGAGCGGGAAGCUCAGGUUAUGAGAGACUCCCAGUCUUCUGACCAGCAGGCCUUGAAUACCAAGAUCACACAGCUCACAGAACAGCUUAAAGUCGCAGAGUCUGAGCUGGAUAAAGUUAAAGAGGAAACAAACCUUAAGACCAAGGAAGCUGAGGAACUUCUGAAGCAAGUUCAGAAGGAUGACCAGAAUAUCAAAAAUCUUUGUGGGGAAAUUCAGAAGUUGACUGUGAACCACCAAAGCCAUCUUUUGGAGUGUGAAUCUCAGAUUUCUUCACUGAAGGACCAGGUGACAGUAACUUCUCUAAAAUUGCAGGAUUCAGAAAGUCAUCUCUCUCAAACAAAUGUUUCCAUUGAAAAGUUAGAGGUCAGGCUACAAGAUAAAGAGAAGACAUAUGAAAAAGAAUUGAAAUGCCUGAAAGAAGAAUGCAACCAACUUAUUGCUGAGGCUGUGAAGGCUGAGGAAAAGAUUAAAAAUCUAAGUGAGAAACUGGAAAAUAUAUCUAUAUCGCAGGAAGAGGCAGAAAAUGAACAAGUUAAUCUCAAUCAGAAGUUGAAGGCAAGAGAUUCAGACAAUGAAAGGCUUCAACAGGCACUCCAAGCGAAAUCUGAAUCCAUCUCAAGACUAGAAAUGGAUGUGAAAUUCCUUGAAAGUGCUAAUCAGCAGCUUAAGGCUGCUUUUGAGAAAAAGGAGGAAGAACUAAGUAAACAGAAGAAGCUUAUAGAAGAUCUAAAUGAGAGAAUUUCUAUAACUUAUGAUGAGCAUGCAAGCCUGAAAUCACAAUUUGCCAAUCUUGUAGAAGAAAACAAAAAGCUGCAACAAGAAAUUGCUUACAAGGAUGAAAAUAAGAUAGCAUUAGCUGAGCAGCUAAAUAGUAAAAUGUCUGUUUAUGAACUACAGCAUUCAGAAAGCCAAAAAACUAUUGAAGGGUUGCAGAAAGAUAAAGAAAAUUUACUUCUAAGAAAUGAGGAACUUGGAAAAGUCCUUGAACAAAAUAAAAUUUCAAUGUCUGGCAUGUUGCUGGAGAAAACAAAUGAGUGUAGCCAUCUUGCUAAAUUAGUCAGUGAAAGUAAGGAGAACGUAACCCAAUUACAUGAUCAGGUUUCUCACUUGAAUGCUCAAUUAGAAGAAGCCAGAGGUAGUUUGACUGAGAAGGAGAAAAUGAUUCUAGACAAAAAUGCCCAUUGUGAAAUGCAGCAAAGUCAGCUUGAACAGACUGUAACUACUUUAAAAGCAGGGCUUAUGGAAAAAGAGUCUUUGUUGCAUCAGGGGUCAGUUGAAGUAAAUUCCUUACAAAAUGAAAUUAUGUUGCACAAACAGCUUACUACUCAGCUUCAGGCUGAGAAUGAGUCACUACAGAUGGAGAACUUGCGACUGAGUCAAAGUUUGGAAGAAAAAGAAGCAAAUCUUAGAAGUUAUUCUCAGGAAUAUGAAAAGUUUCUGAAUGAAUAUAAUAAGAUGACUGAAACCACAGUGUCAAUGAGCAGUCAAAUAGAGGAAAAUAACAAAACAAUAUUAAUGCUGGAAUCUGCCAAUGUUGACAUUAAAAAAACACUUGAAACUCAAGUUGCUGAUAACAUUAAGGUGCAAGAGCAGCUUUCUCAGAAUCAAACUGAAGUUAAAGGUCUUCAAAAUCACUUACAAGCUUUAAAUGAAGAAAACCAGCAACUUCAUGUGGCUCUUCAGAAGGAGAAGGAAGAACUUGUUGAACAAAAGAAACUGGUAACUGAUUUGAAUGAAAGAAAUGGUAUGACUUCUGAGCAGAUAUCUGAAAACAGAAAGAUUAUUGAAGUUCUAUUGAAAGAAAAAGAAGACUUGACUAUAAAGAUUGAAGAACUUAAACACACCGAACAACACAAAACUUUCCUGUCAGAGAGUUUGUUUGAGAAAACAAAUGAAUGCAGUCUCCUAACACAAUUACUCAGUGAGAGUAAGGAAAGCGUAGCAGGUUUACACAAUCAUGUUGCUCUUUUGAAUGCUGAAAUAGAAGAACUUAAAGUUAAGGUAUCUGAAAAAGAUCAAAUGAUUAGUGAUAAAAAUUCAAACCAAGAACAACUUCAAGAGACUUUGUCCCUGCUACAGGAGCAAGGAAUUGCUUUAAAGGCAGGGCUUAUGGAGAAAGAUGCUUUGGUGCAGCAGAGAGAUGUAGAAGUGAGGUCUUUAAGGACUGAAAUCUUAAAGCAGAAAGAGUGUUGUAGUCAGAUUGAGGAGGACAGGAAGAGUGCACUAGAUAGCAUACAUAGUUUCAUUGACAAAGAAGUUAAGGGCUCUUGA